AUGUUAUAAAUCAAAUUUGAUAAGUGGGUUAAGAUAAGAAUCGGCGAACCCAUUACUGCUUUUGAUGUCGAUAACAACAUGAUUAUCUUUGGAGCUAUCAGUGGGUAUAUCGGAUAAUACCUCUAUAAUUAAAAUGAAUUGAGAUACAUUCCUGAUGUAUUUGAGGAGAUCAUAAGAGGAGUGACAAUCGAAUAGGAGAAAGUAUACAUAGUGGUAGGAGAUGUAUAUGGUUACAUUUUCGAUUAUUAGAUGAGAGAGAGUCAUCAAUGGAAAUUUGAAAGACCCCAUUCUCCUCCACUCUGUAGUUCAACCCUAUCCUUAUGUUACAAAACUAAAACAUUACUAUUAUCGGUUGCACCAACAUAAAAUAAGGACAUUGGAGUGGACAUUUCUACCAAAAAGAAUAGCUUAUAUUUGUUUGAUCUGCAAAAUCAAGAUAGCAAUACAUAUUAUGCAGAUAUGCCAUUGCUUUAGGUUCCAUUCGAUUUCAAGGGAGAUCAAUUGUUAAUGUUGGAAUACUUGAAGGAAGCAAAGAAAAAGUUGUCAAUUUUACAUUUGAAUGACCCACCUUAAGUGAACAUUUUAUUGGACAUUGACCCAAAGAUCGAAUAUAUUUCUCAUGGAAGGUUUGUAAAGGAUGGCAUCUUAUUUGUCGAGAAUCAUAAGAUAGUUAAAAUCUAUAAUCCCAUUGAGAAAUCGUAGAAGGCAAUCAAAAUCACAAAGCAACAGAUAGUGGCUCUGGAUUAUCAUGAAAAUGAAAUCACUCUAUUAGAAUAUGAUGGUACAAUCACUAUAUUGGCGAAGGAAGAAUAAAUAAUUUAAUUUAACAUUUUGAAGGUAAUGCAGAUACCUUAAGAGUUAGUAAAACAUAAGUAUUUGUUUGAUAUGGGUUAUCCAUAUUACAUAAAAAAAAGAGAAAAGAGAAUUGUAAUUUCCCAUGAUUUAGGAUUGCUCUCCUUUACUUUAUAAAUGUGA